UUGAUCACCUCUCAAGAAUUUAUAGUUAGGGGAAUUGUAUAGCAAGUUCAAAAUGCGUGAGGAAACCACUUGCUCCAUGGUCCACGACCUGCUGGAGUCACAGAAGUGCAACUUUGUGCGAAAGACGUCGGAUUGCCUGAUCAAUAUGGGCUUGUUCAACUACCUGGCAUGGCACUACUGCAAGGUGGACGUCCGAAAUAGCUUCAAUUCCUUCUGGAGCGUGUUGGGCAUGUUCCUGAUUGCCGUCUACGUCUUCUGGAUGAUGCAGAUAACCAUAAAGAACUACUUUUGCCCCACUUUGAUGGUGAUCGCGGACUUCUUGCGAAUGAACGAGAGCACGGCUGGAGUCACAGUGCUGGCCGUGGCAAGCGGAUCACCGGACUUCUUCACGGCAAUCGCCUCGAGGAUGCAGGGCUCCAAGUACUCCUUCCUGGCGUGCAUGGCGCAGACCAUGUUCCUGCACUUCUUCGUGGCCGGCCUGGUGAUCCUGACCAAGCCCUUCCACAUGCAGCCAAACACCUACCUGCGGGACUUUGGUUUCCUGUUCCUCAACACGGUCUACAUGGACUACAUCCACAAGCGACCCCAGGGUAUCAGCUGGGUAGCUGCGCUGCCCAGUGCCUUCAUCUUCGUGGGCUACGUGGUGGUGACCAUCGUCGAUCAGCACUUGCUGAUUGCCCGCAUUCAAAAAAUGGAGCAAAGACAACUGAAUGUGGCUGAGGCGUUGCAGCUGGAGGCACUGCGGCCGCAGAAGGAGUUGCCACUGACGCGCCCGGAAAUCGACCGCUCGUCCAUCGGUCACGGAAGUCGAAAUAAGCGGCUGUUCCGGCAAUUCUGGAACUCCGUCGCCGAGUUCGACAAGGAUCGCUUCCACCGUGGAACCCUCCUGGUGAAGCUGUAUCUGAUAGUGAAGCAGCCCAUCGAUAUGCUGCUUAGACUACUCAUACCGAAGGUCGACAUGAACGCGCCUCUGUACGGAUGGUCCAAGCUGCUCUUCAACAUGCAGGUGCUGCUUGUUCCCACCUAUAUGGCCUACAUCAUACUUCGGGGGUACAGCGUUGCGGGCUUUGCCGUCUACAUGAUUGUGCUCAUCACCAUGGUGCCUGUGGCCAUCAUGAUAUUCUUCCUCACGCGCACUGACACCCCGCCCAUGUUUUUCAGGUUCACAUCUAGCAUGGGUUUCCUGGCCGCCGUCUUCCUGAUCUUCUGCCUGACCACCGAGGUGAACGCCAUGUUCUUCACGAUGGCGACCGUCCUGAAAGUGAGCCAGGAGUUCUCGCUGACCACGGCCAUCUGCUGGGCACUGAGUAGCAACGACCUGGUGGCGAAUCUCUCACUCUCCCACCAGGGAUGGCCUCGCAUGGCCAUGACGGCCACCUUCUCGGCACCAGUAUUUGGAUCCUUUGUGUUCUUGGCCAUGCCAUUGGUGGUGAACUCGUUUGUAGAAGCGCCCAAGAAUAUUUUCCAGCCAUCGGAAGGUAAGUUUGGAGAGACGGUCUGCAUCUUCCUGGAGGUCGGAAUGGGCUUCUCGAUGCUUUCCGUGCUAACCACCAACUUUAAGCUGCGAAGAGCUUGUGGCUUUCUGCUCGUCACCUACUACAUCUUCUUUCUGGGAGUUCUGAUUCUUCUGGAGAAGGGCCAGAUCCAUGCAUACGGAGUGUAAACAGGAAACCUACAAAAUAUGCAAAUUAUCUUCAUUUCGUCUUUGAUUCGAGCUAAUGGACGAUGUUUAAGCGUGUAAUGAUGUAUUGAAACAGGUGUCUCUCUCUCGUUUGAUGCCCCCAGGGCUCACUGUGCCGCAAAGUGGCCAAACCUGUGCUCAAUCAUCCGACGUCCCAGACUUUGAUACUGUGCCACGUUUGGGUCUGGUUUCAAGGUCUCUUAAGCGGGGUAUGUCCCUUGUGCACUGACAAAAAUAAU